AUGAUGCAAUUCGACAUCACAGACGAAGAGAACGAACGCCAACGCCGCCUCCAAGAAUGGGACAGCGACGACGACCCCGGCAAUCCGCGCAACUGGUCGACCCUGCGAAAGACCCUCACCACAAUCGUCAUCGGCCUCAUCGGGUUCGCAACGACCGUCAACGCCUCCAUCUACUCGUCCGGCCAUGAACAAGUCAAACACGCAUUCGACGUCUCGACCACCGUCUCCCUCCUCCCCCUCUCCGCAUACUCCCUGGGCCUCGCAUUCGGGCCCAUGAUCUCCAGCCCCCUAUCCGAAACCUUCGGCCGCAAGUUCGUCUACCUCCUCACCCUCCCCAUGGUCGACCUCUUCACCAUCGGCGUCGGCGCUUCCCAGGGCAUCGCCAGUCUCAUCAUCUGUCGCUUUAUUGCUGGUCUCUUCGCCGCACCCGGUGUCUCCGUCGCAGCGGCAACGAUCACAGACUACACGCACCCGGAGGCCCGAGUCAUCCCGCUGGGGAUAUACUACGCCGUGCCCACGAUCGGGAGCUCCAUGGGCCCGCUGAUCGGCUCGUUCGUGGUGGAACAGAAAGGCUGGCGCUGGACAGCCUGGACACCGCUCAUCAUGGCGGCGAUCGUGCACCCGCCCGCCCUCUUCAUCCGGGAAUCAUACAAGCCCAUCCUAUUGCGUAAACGUGCCGAGAAGAUACUGGGUGAUGGCAUCCCGGUCCGACGGCAAACGGCCACAACGCUCUUUAAGGAGUUCAUCACCUCCACCAUCAUCCGCCCGCUGCAUAUGCUUUUCACCGAACCCCUGGUUGGCUUCAUCUGCCUAUACUGCGGCUUCCAGUUCGCGCUCCUGUAUACAUUCGUCGUCGCGAGCCCGCGCGUUUUCGGGUCCGUCUAUAAUUUCUCACCCUCAGCACAAGGCCUCUCCUUCCUCGGCAUGGUGGCGGGCUGUAUCUGCGCGCCAGUCGUCCUCUUCACCGUCGACAGACUCGUCCAGACUCACCCCACCCUGCGCGUCCGCAACAACUCAACCGAAGGCGGCGGCUCCUCGCCCCCAGAGCUAAAGCUCUACACAGCCAUGUUCGGUUCCCUCAUCCUGCCCACGGGCCUCUUCCUAUUCGCGUGGACCGCCAACCCAACCAUCCACUGGAUCGUCCCCAUCAUCGCGCAGGGCCUCACGUUUCUCGGCAGCAUGCUCAUCUACAUCCCGUGCAACUUCUACAUGCUCGACGUGUACGGGUCGAAGUAUGGUGCGAGCGCGAGCGGUGCGUCGAGUUUGACGCGGUAUAUGCUCUCCACGGCGUUUCCGCUGUUCGUCCCGCAGAUGUAUGGCGUUCUUGGGGUGGGCUGGGCGACCAGUCUGUUGGGGUUUUUGGCGGCGGGCAUGGCGCCGAUUCCGUGGGUUUUCUUUUAUCAGGGCCCUGGGCUGAGGGCGAGGAGUGGGUAUGAGCAUGGGACGUAG